UUCCUCUCACCGGGAUAACCCGGGCCAGAUAAACGAACCACCUCAUUGACGCCUCUGGCUCAAGCGGUCCUCUGUCAUCCGGGUAUCUGCCAUCGAGAGAGAGUGGGUGAGGAGGCGGGAAAUGGCGUCUGGGAGCACAUCGCAGUAUCAGCUACUAGACCGUUCAUAAAAACAGCAAAGCAGAGAGGAAAUAAGAAGAAAAAGAAGAAGCAGCUGCUGUCCGCACCGUGGCAGCCAGCAGUGCUUGAUCAGUCAACUCGCUUUCUAGAUAAGGUGGAGUACUGUAAAGUUGCGGUACCUUCCUUGAUGUGGACAAUGUGUUACUACAUUACGCAAGCUCACAUUUUGAACACAUCAUAUUGUCUUACAUGUGGCUCUUAAAACAAUGAGGCUGAGAAUGCGGAAGGCAUCUCAGCAGUCGAGCCCUGCCCAUGCGCCCCGCCCAUCCCGAACCAAGCGGAGGCAUUCAGAAGUGGAGGAGUGCACGCCGACAGGUGGCGGGAGAGGUCUGCUGUCCACCAUUAAGAAAUUAAUCAGAGGAAAUGCUGUCAAGGUAGGGCAGGAGAACCCAGCAAAGAAGACACGGCUCACUUGCGACGUAGACGACAACCUGAUCUCUUCCACACCACAAGGUGGCGAUGCCCCCAGGAGGACCAUCUCCAGGGUCAGCAGGAGAAACUCAGUCAACGGGGAAGCGACAAACCAUGACACGAACCAUGACACGAGUAGUAAGCCUGUGAAGCCCAAUGGGAAGCUGGAAGAGGUGGCAGAGACUUUGACCAGUCCGCCUAGAACCACUCUCCUGGGAACCAUCUUCUCUCCAGUCUUCAACUUCUUCUCACCAGCAAAUAAAAAUGCCACGUCAGGUUCGGACUCCCCAGACCAGGCGUUGGAGGCUGAGGAGAUCGUCAAGCAGCUGGACAUGGAGACUGUGGAGGAGACCCCCACCUGCACUGGCACCACCACCGAGGAAGUGUGUACGACUAUGCCCCUUUACUCCAGCAACAUGCUGCCCCCACACCCUCCAGAAGUACCCAUCGAGGAAGAGGAGGUCGUCACAGACAUGCCUCCUCUCACAGCCCCAGACACCCCUCCAGUGGGAGGCUAUGUGGAUGCACAGCCCACAGCCCCUGCAGAGGGGACAUACGAGGAGGACUGGGAGGUCUUUGACCCGUAUUUCUUCAUCAAGCAUGUACCUCCACUGACUGAGGAACAGCUGACCAGGAAGCCUGCCCUCCCACUGAAGACCCGCAGUACGCCAGAGUUCUCCCUGGUUCUCGACCUGGAUGAGACAUUGGUGCACUGUAGCUUGAAUGAGCUGGACGAUGCAGCACUAACCUUCCCGGUCCUGUUUCAAGAUGUCAUUUACCAGGUGUAUGUGCGUUUAAGGCCGUUCUUCCGAGAGUUCCUGGAGUGCAUGUCUCAAAUCUAUGAGAUCAUUCUCUUCACUGCCUCAAAGAAGGUUUAUGCAGACAAGUUGCUCAACAUCUUGGAUCCCAAGAAACAGUUGGUUAGACACAGGUUAUUUCGUGAGCAUUGUGUCUGCGUACAAGGGAACUACAUCAAGGACCUGAACAUCCUUGGAAGAGACCUGUCCAAGACUGUCAUCAUUGACAAUUCACCACAAGCCUUUGCAUAUCAGCUUUCCAAUGGGAUUCCCAUUGAGAGCUGGUUCAUGGACAAAAAUGACAAUGAACUCCUGAAGCUUGUCCCGUUCUUGGAGAAGCUUGUUGAGCUGAAUGAGGAUGUGAGGCCACAUGUUCGAGAACGGUUUCGUCUGCACGAGCUUCUUCCCCCAGACUGAUCCCUGGAAUAGAUGGACAGAAGAGACAACGAAUGAUUGAAUAAACCAACACAGACAUGUAUAAAAAGCCCUCUUUGGAUUACAACAUUGCCAUUUACUGUUUAAGGUUUAACUUUUUCUCUCUUUUUACCCACCAUAGUUUUUUUUUUUUUUUUUUUCCCAUCGAUAACGACAAUGCAAAGUCACAUUUUUGAAGCAGCAUCUGGUUAAAAAUAAUUUACAAAGCCACACGUUUAGAUCACAUUACUGUGGGCAAGAUCAAGAAGGCUCCUCCUUUUGACUGGCUUUUUUUCAGUAGCAGUUUCUGUCUCCCUGCUUCUUCUCGGAGGGGCCAAGGUGCUGUCUGUCUGGACUGAAUGUGUUAGCUGACAGAGAAGAGGAUUAUACGUGCUCCCUUUGGUGCUUUCAUGGGACUGUUGACAGUGACACUCAUUGGCUACUGACGAAUUUGAACAGGAAUGGCCAGUAAAGUGUGUGUGUUUUGUGUGUGGGUACAUAGCUUAUCUUUUCUUUCCAGCUUGGGGUUUUUAAAACAUUUUUACCAGUAGCCUAUAGGAUCUCAUUAUGCAUUCCUCUAGCUGAAUUUCUUUGUUUUGUAGACACUUAACCGCAAUAUGUUAUUUUACCCCAUUUCACAAUGUUGCAUUUGCUUUUUUCUGCCUAUGUUUUAUGUAGGUGUUCUCCAAGGCUGUUGAUUGGAAAAUAACAUUGAUGUUAUGGUAGGGUAUCCCCAUGCUAUGUCAAAUCAAAUUGAACAAAUUCACAGCUUCCUGUAUAAUUUGUACUUCUGUUUAAACAAUAGUUGGCUUUAAUUAAUAGGACACUUUGCCAAUAACUAAUCAAUUAGUAUCACUUUCAAGAAAUUUGCAUCAAGGGACAGACAGUUCGUUUGACUAAAUGUUCCCCGCUUCUCAAGUGAUGUGUUACUGACAUUUUUCUUUUAUAGUAACAUUUUUAUUUGUCAUUCAUAUAUUUCAAUGUAUUUUUACUCAACCAAGGUUUUAUUUUUAUGGAUAUGUCUAGUAUUGAAUUAUAACUAAUGUAGAUUUCACCCCUGUCUGUUACUGGGGGCAGAUGGAUGGAUGGCUGGGUCCUGAAACAGCCCAAUGUGUAGCACCACCAGCAUAUAAACAGCAAUCCUCGUCACUGUGGUAUAAACCCAACCUGCCUAGUAGUUUUUUGUUUGUUUUAGGAAUUUGUUUUAUUAUAUGGCUUUAAAGCCUUUUUAAAUGCAGUAGAAAGAAGCAGCGUUAUUGGAGAACCUUCGUUAUGUAUGUCUGGAUGUUUCUGCCCAGACUUGGGAGAGUUGUAGAGAAAUAUACCAUGAUACAUUGUCAGAUAUUGUACCUAGUACUUGUUAUUUCAUGCGGCCUAACCAGAUCAUAGACACUUUAUUGAUGACAAACUGUAAGGAAAAAAUGACACCUAAAACGGUUACCGUACCAUGUCCAUUUGGCCCUUUUGUUGAUAUUAUGGACUUGUACAUUAGCUGGUCAUGUAUAUGGUGCCAUACAAACCUCCUUCCUAACAUGAUCAAACAUCACCACCCAUGUCGUCUUUUUUUCUCUCUCUUUGGAAGUGUUUUAUAAGUCGGAGACAAUCAAGCCUCUAAUAUCAAAACACUCAAAUCGGAAAGGAAAUUCUGGUCCAUUUGCUCUGUUCUUGUUCUAAAUUUAAUUGUGCCAUGCGAACAAAGUUGUUAGGUGAAUCCAACUGUGCCCUAUCCCAGCUAAUCAUGCAUGUCAUUUUGCCAAACAUCUGAAGGACUGAGGGUUAAAACCAUGUAGAAUACCAGUCCUUUUAGCCUGUUCUCUCAUUGCCUUUCUGGAAAUCAUCGCCCUAUAAAACUGAACUGACAGACGAGUUACACUACAGGGCGCAUAGUUUUGAGUUUUUUGCCGACACUAAAUAUUUCCAGACUAUGAAUGUAAUUUUUUUCCCACACUUGAUCCCAAAAUGGGGGGGAAUUAACGAAUCAAAAGUCCAUGAUCCAAAGGAUCUAUCAAUUUCUUGGAUUUUAGCUGCUUUGAACAGUGCACAUUGAGUAAACAUUUUUCACCAUUCUAAAAAUAUAUAUAUAUAUAUAUUAAAUGGACACCUUAUUCUAUAGCAUUUUCAAAUAUGCAGCCCUAUCCAUACCCACUUUAGCGGUUGGUUGAGAGAUGGCCCCUAGGGGGAUGAACCUGCUCCUUAAAGGGGGCCUGGCACUUCUAAUCAAGGGAGAGCUUACUUUGUAAUUGUUUAAGGAUGGGCUAUUUGACAUGUACAUCCAGUUCAUUUUUAUGUGAAUUAUACCUGUUUUUUAUUGUACAAUGGAUAUUGUACAAUACAUGCAGCUUUGCGUUAAAAGAAAAUCCUUAAAGGAAAAUCUUUUUGUAUUUUUUAUUUCAAAAGGCAUGUCCUCUACUUUUUAAAUGUAUUCAUUAAGAUUUAACUUCACAUCAGAUGGAGUGUUUUUCUUACAAAUAUCUGUGUAUGUUUAGUUAGGGCAGUGUCACUGAACUGUUAGAAACCUAGCAUGUAUGUACAGAAUCUUGUUUUGUGGGGAAGUCCUGAAUUAAAUUUUAAUCUUGGCACUUUUUCUGCAGAAAAGAGCAACUGUGUUAAUGAACUUUUUUUCAAUUUCCAUUUAAGGUGUAUUUAAAAUGUAUUUUUAAAUGCUUAAAAUUACAUCUUUGUUAACCAUGUUGUAAAAUGUACAUACCCAAUUGCAUUGAAGUAUUGAACAAAGUUUUAAAGUUAAACCA